AGCGGCCCCUACCGCGUCUGGGCGCCACCGCGAUGCCCUUCCUGCACGGCUUUCGGAGGAUCAUCUUCGAGUACCAGCCUCUGGUGGAUGCCAUUCUGGGCUCCCUGGGCAUCCCGGACCCCGAGCGGCAGGAGCCUCCGGACGGGCCUAGUUAUGUUGCCAGUGAGGAGAGCCGGCUCCUGGUUCUUACAGAGCUGCUAGAGGGAAAGGCACACUCGCCUUUUUACCAGGAAGGUGUAAGCAACGCCCUGCUGAAGAUGGCUGAGCUGGGGCUGACUCGGGCAGCUGAUGUCCUUCUGCAGAAUGGAGCCAACCUCAACUUUGAAGACCCGGUCACCUACUACACGGCCCUACACAUUGCUGUCCUACGAAACCAGCCCGACAUGGUGGAGCUGCUGGUGCGCCACGGAGCGGACAUUAAUCGCAGGGACCGGAUCCAUGAGAGCAGCCCCUUGGAUUUGGCCAGUGAGGAGCCAGAGCGCCUGCCCUGCCUACAGCGCCUCCUGGAGCUUGGAGCAGCUGUCAAUGCGGCCGACAAACAUGGAAAGACGGCUCUGCUUCAUGCCCUGGCUAGCAGUGAUGGAGUGCAGAUCCACAACACUGAAAACAUCCGGCUGCUGCUAGAAGGAGGUGCAGAUGUCAAGGCCACCACCAAAGACGGGGACACCGUGUUCACUUGCAUCAUCUUUCUGCUGGGGGAGACAGUGGGAGGGGACAAAGAAGAAGCCCGGAUGAUCAACCGCUUCUGCUUCCAAGUGACGCAGCUGCUGCUGGCCCACGGGGCUAACCCCAGUGAGUGCCCGGCCCAUGAGUCCCUCACGCACAUCUGCCUCAAAAGCUUUAAGCUCCAUUUCCCGCUCUUGCGCUUCCUGCUGGAGUCUGGAGCCUCUUAUAACUGUUCUCUCCAUGGCCCAUCCUGCUGGUCCGGCUUCCACAUCAUCUUUGAGAGGCUGUGUUCCCACCCAGGCUGUGCCGAAGACGAGAGCCACAUGGAACUGCUGCGCAAGGCGGAGACCAUUCUAGACCUCAUGGUGACUAACUCCCAGAAGCUCCAGCUGCCCGCAAACUUCGACAUCCACCCCGUGGGCAGCCUGGCAACGAAGAUCCAGGCCCUGCACUGCUCCUUGCGGCAGCUGGAGAGCUACCCUCGGCCCCUCAAGCACCUGUGCCGUGUGUACAUCCGCUUGUACCUCCAGCCGUGGCCUGUGGAUGCCAAGAUCAAAGCCCUGCCUCUCCCCGACAGGCUCAAGUGGUACCUCCUCAGUGAGCACAGCAGUGCUUUGGAAGAGGACAUCUGAGGGGGCCUGGCUGACAGGAGAAGGGUCUGGAGCGCUCAGCCAGCUUGUGGUGCUGCCUCAGGGACUCUCUGCAAUCUUCAGUCCCUGGCUCCACCUGCCAGAAGCUGUGUGUUGGGGAUGAGACUGGACCCCAAGACAGCCAGGUGGGGGCCAGCAGCCAGUCAUCCCAGCAGGAGAGCAUGAUUCCUAGGAGACAGUCCCCCUUGUCUCCAGCAAUACCCUCAAGCGGAACAAGAGACAGGAGGUAGACUGGGGAUGAGUUUUACCCUCUGGAUUUGCUGGGCAGCAAACCCCACCUCCUAGUCCCACCCUGAGAGCAGCAGAGAGCUGGCCCUUCCUGUGUGGGCACAUAGUGGAGGGGAAGCCAGGGACCAGUCAAGUGCUCUUGCAAGUGGGUGUUGAAGGCUGAAGAUGCCUGCUGGCUCCGCAGCUCCGGGGCAGUUGUCCAUGGCCCUGUCCACCACCACACAGGCUGUGCUCUGCUGGUGCCAAGCCCCUGGGGGUCCUGGGAACAGAAAUCACGAGUGCACGGCUGGGGACAGUUCUUUCUGGAAUGCCCGGUUUUGUGAGAGGUUCACUUGAUAAAGCUGUCGGGACUGCACUGUG